AUGAAUCAACGAACAACUGCUGCGGUUGGAAUGCCAGCUGGAUUUACUUCAUCGUUCGAUGUGGAAACAGGAGUAAGACAAAGAGCUGUCGCGGGACUUUUCUUGUUCAACCUUGCCGUCGAUGGUACCAUGCGGAGAACAGUCAAGCAACGUCCCGCUGAUGUCGUUUUAGCACAAUGUGCACGUAGUUCGGCCGACCUCGGAUACGCCGAUGAUGUAGUGAAAUUCGAUUCAAGCAGCCUGAAGUUGCAAUAUGUCAUUGACUUGGUAUCAAAAUUAGCAGCAGCCUAUGGUCAGCGACUCUGCUCUGAUAAAUGUAAGCAGAUGUAG